GGCGGCUUCUGGGAGCCAAGGCAACUGAGAUCUUCCCAGGCUGGCGAGAGCGCCCCCUUGUCCGGCGGCUUUGGGAAUCCAGCAGCAGCAAUGGCUCCGGUGUCUGGCUCGCGUACCCCUGAGGGGGAGGCCUCGGGCUCCGGGGGGAAGCGUCGCAGUCGGUCGAGGAGCCCCAAGCCCUCCAGAGCCGCCCGCUCCCCGCGGGGCCACCACUCUCGCUCACACUCUUGCUCUCGGUCCGGGGACCGGAAUGGCCUCAGCCAUCAGCUGGGGAGCCUCAGCCAAAGCUCCCGAAACCAGCCCUACCGCUCCCGCUCGCGGUCCCGCUCUCGCGAGCGGCCUUCUGGGCCCCGGGGCACCCCCUUCGCGUCUGCCUCCUCGUCCGCCUAUUACGGCGGCUACUCGCGCCCCUAUGGGGGCGACAAGCCGUGGCCCAGCCUCCUGGACAAGGAGAGGGAGGAGAGCCUGCGGCAGAACUCUGAUGAACAUACACCAGUAGAGGAUGAAGAGCCAAAGAAAAGCACUACUUCAGCUUCUACUUCAGAAGAAGAAAAAAAGAAAAAGAAGAAGUCUAGUCGUUCAAAAGAAAGGUUGAAGAAAAGGAGAAAGAAAAAAUCAUCCAAAAGAAAACACAAGAAGUAUUCUGACGACAGUGACAGUGACUCUGAUUCUGAGACAGACUCUAGUGAUGAAGAUACAAAAAGGAGGACAAAGAAAGCCAAGAAAAAGGAAAAGAAGAAGAAACACAGAUCGAAGAAAUACAAGAAAAAGAAGUCUAAGAAGAGUAGAAAAGAGAGCAGUGAUUCAAGUUCUAAAGAUUCCCAAGAAGAGUUUCUGGAGAAUCCCUGGAAGGAUCGAUCAAAACCGGAAGAGCCCUCAGAUUUAAUUGGACCAGAGGCUCCAAAAACACUUGCCUCUCAAGAUGAUAAACCUUUGAACUAUGGCCAUGCUCUGUUACCCGGUGAAGGUGCAGCUAUGGCUGAAUAUGUGAAAGCUGGAAAACGUAUCCCACGAAGAGGUGAAAUUGGCCUGACAAGUGAAGAAAUUGCAUCAUUUGAAUGCUCAGGUUACGUAAUGAGUGGUAGCAGGCAUCGCCGAAUGGAGGCUGUGCGACUGCGAAAAGAGAACCAGAUCUAUAGUGCUGAUGAGAAGCGAGCCCUUGCAUCCUUUAACCAAGAAGAGAGACGAAAAAGAGAGAACAAGAUUCUGGCCAGUUUUCGAGAGAUGGUAUACAGAAAGACCAAAGGGAAGGAUGACAAAUGAGGAUUUUCUGAUUGUUCAGCAGACAUUUUUAACAACAAAAAACAAAGUUUGGGUUCCACACAUACACAAAAAGGUUAUUCUGAAAGAGCUUUACAGUUAUACUGUGCCUUCUAUUUAAUUCUUUCAGUCCUUCAAUAAAAAGCUGCUUGUUGGUGUACCUUUAACAAGUUCUUUGGGUUAUUUUGCAUUGGCCAUAACUUUCUGAUUUGAAAAUCCAAAUUAUGGAUAAGAUCCUACUUUAUUGGGGGAGGUGCCAUGGAGAAAAAGUGUUGAUGAGAUGAGAAACUUAAAUCUCAUAUUAUGGGACAGUGCUAGUUUUAACUCUACAUGACUCCUGCCUUACCCCCCUCAACUGAACUUGUGAGAAAUUAUCAUUCCUCUGUUUUGAAUGUGUUAUAAAUGGACUUGAUAGAAACAUAUAGGAGACCACUUUUGUUAAUAAAAUGAAGGCUUUGCUGAAACAGGCAAAUCUGGAAUUUGAAAAUUGACUUGUAUAAUAGUCUUCCGUAAAAGUAAUGUAUUUUGCUUUUAGUCCCUACCUCCACCCCAAAACCAACAAACAAACCAAAAAGCAAACUAACCCACAGACUUGCUGAAUUGAAAAUGUGAACAUUAGUUUUAAAAAUUAUAAGUUACUUAAAAACAGUAUUUUUAAUAAGUUACUUAAAAACAGGUCUUUCAAAUAUAAAAUCUUGGGAAGUCUACAGUUGUGUCAAUAUAAGUACAUUAUUUCGAUCUAAGCUGUGCUUUGAUGAUAGGAUAAAAUUCUCAGAAGAAUGGAAGUCAACUAUGGUCAGGAGUUUGAUAGGUGAAAAUAUAAUUAAUCAGUAUUUUUACUUAAUUGUUUCAUAAGGUUGAAGCUAAAAUGAUAUUAAAACAUUUUUAAGUUUGUCCUUUAUGUAAUAAACAGAUUUUAUUUUAAAAAUUGUUAAACCAUUCAGCUUAUUUUUUAUAUCUGUCAUUCAGUUUAAUCUUUAAUGUUGUGUAGAAUCCCCUCACUUGAUCACUUUUGUAUGGCUACUAUUGACUUUUAAGUUUGGGAGAAAUAGAAAAUACAGAUUAUGAAACCACAGUCUUUCUCCUUUCCUAUUUUGUUCAAUUUUAGGUUAAAGAGUGGAGGGAGAGGAGGCAGUGGAAGUUUUGGCUGUUUUUGUUGAGGUUGUUUUGAGCUACGCUAUUAUUAUAAGCCUAGGAUAAAAUUUAAAUUACAUGGGUGAUGGGGAAGUUCUGACUAUGCUGUUAAAAUUCCCUCUCUUCUUACAAGAAUUUAAAGGUUUUUUUUCAGAGUUCUUAAUUAAGGCAGUCAUAUUUGUCAAAGUAUAGAUUAAAAUUUUUACUCUUUAGCAUAUGUUCCAGGAAAAUGUCUACGUUUAAUCCACAACUAAUGAACUAAACAACCAGUGAACAUGUAGCAACAUUUAUGACUUAUGAAUGUGAAGUAAUUUCUAUUAUCUAUACCUAAAAUUCAAGCCUCAAGUUGCAAUAUUGAAGGAUUCUAUGGGCAAAAUAUUGAAUAAUUCAGGAAGCAUCAAAAGAAGAUGGAAGGAACAUACAGAGUCACGGCACAAAAACAGUUGGUUGACGUUCAACCCUUUCAGGAGGUAGCAGAUGAUCAACAACUGAUGGUACCAAAGGAAGAAGUCCAAGCUGCACUGAAGGCAUUGGCGAAAAAUAAGGGUUCGGGAAU